UCUAGAUUCCUGAGAUCUGAUCGUUCUCUCACUCUCAAUUUCCUAUAGUCUCUCUCUCUCUCUCUCUCUCUCUCUCUCUCUCUCUCUCUCUCUCUCUCUCUCUCUCCUGGAACAAUGGAAAUUGCGCUUGUUUCAAUCGUUAUGGAGAAACUUGGAAAGCCACUUGUUUCGAUGGCUAUAAAGAAACUUGAAAAGGAAGUGAAAUUAAUUGUUGGUGCCAAAGUAGAACUUACAAAGCUAUCUUCAACGUUCAAAUCCAUUCAAGCAGUUCUUAAUCAUGCAGAGACUAUGCAAAUUACUGACAAAAGCGUGCGAGUUUGGAUAGAGAAGCUCAAAGAUGUGGCCUACGAUAUGGAAGACGUGCUAGACGAGUUGAUUCUAUCAGCAGAAGAAACCGAACCAGGGACUGACGUCGGCAACCAUCCACGUUUUGGAAACCAGGUGUGGGCGUGCUUAUUUUCACUCUUUUCCUGCUGUGGUUUAGAAGAUUUGAUAGGGUUGGCCCGUGAAUCAUGGACAAAUGGCGACCAAACUGAUUUCGUGACGACAUUUCUCAGUAAAGUCGAAUCACAGCGUGAUUUAGCUCAUCAGAUAAAAGAAAUAAAGGAGAGGUUAGAUCAGAUUGCAGCUGAAAAAGACACUUACAGUUUUGGGGAGAACAGUUCCCGUGGAGAUAAUGAUCUUGACAAGGCUGAGUUUCAAACAAGUUCGUUCGUAGAUGAAUCGCAGAUGCUUGGGAGGGACGAAGAUAAAAAUAUCAUAAUAAGCAAGUUGAUAAGCGAGAGCAGUCGUGAGGAGGGACGGAUUCAUGUCGUUUCCAUAGUAGGUGUUGGGGGACUGGGCAAGACGACUCUUGCUCAAUUGAUCUGCAAUGAUGAAAGGGUGACGAGCCAUUUCCAUAAGGUUCUAUGGGUUUGUGUUUCUAAUGAUUUUAAUGUCAUAAAUCUUACAAAAGCAAUUAUAGAAGCAGCUGGAGGGACAAAGCCGCCGCAUUCUCAGCUAGACUCAUUGCAAAAGCAGCUUAUCCAAACAUUACAGGACAAGCUAUUCUUGCUUGUACUUGAUGAUGUGUGGAACGAUGAGCGUGAAAGUUGGGAGAGACUACGGCCUUCCUUCCGAAGCGGUGCUCCCGGAAGUAAGAUUUUGGUCACCACUCGCAGCGAGAAGGUUGCAAAUACAUGCAUGCCGUCCGCCUACAAGCAUAAAUUGGAAGGUUUAUCCGAUCAUGAUUGUUGGUUACUGUUCAGUAGCAGAGCUUUCGCCAGGAGGGAAAUUGAAGACUGUCCGAAGUUGAAAAAGAUAGGAAAGAAAAUAGUGAAGAAGUGUAAAGGAGUUCCUCUUUCAGCAAAGGUAAUAGGGAGUGCCAUGCCUUCGAAGACGUCCACACAAGAUUGGCAGAAUAUCUUGGAAAGCCAAACAUGGGAAAUACGAGGCAUCGCCAAAGGUAUCUUACCAACUUUGGUUCUGAGCUAUUAUAAUCUGCCUCUUCAUUUGAAGCCGUGUUUUGCAUAUUGCUCUAUAUUUCCGAAAGAUCAUCUGCUGAGGAAGGAUACAUUGGUCCAGUUGUGGUUAGCUCAGGGUUUCAUCAAGCCAGAGGGAAAAAGAGAGAUGGAAGAAAUUGGCGGACAGAACUUUGAUGAGCUACUGGCAUGGUCUUUGCUCCAAGAUGCGUAUGUAGAUAAUGAAGGAGUAACUAAAUGUAAAAUGCACCAUUUCCUUCACGAUCUCAUCCAAUUCAUUACAAAGAAUGAAUGUUGCAUCUUUGAGAACGGAAAGACGGACUCCAGCUCUGUUACAGUACUCCGUCAUUCAUCAUUUAUUUCCACCAGGGAAACGCCACACAUUCCUGCCCCUCUAUGUCAUGCAAAAAAAUUGCGAACACUCCUCCAAAUCGGAUAUUCAGAAAUUGAUACCAUCCCUGAUAAUUUAUCCUGUUACGCUAAGUCCCUUAGGGUAUUGGAUUUCGGUGGUACUGGCACAAGUAUGAAAGAAUUGCCAAGCUCAAUUGGGUUGCUGAAGCAUUUACGCUUUCUUGACUUGUCUUAUUCAUGGAUUGUUGAGCUGCCCGAAUCAGUGAGUAAUCUCCGCAAUUUGCAGACCUUGAAGUUGAAUUUUUGUAAAGAACUCGAAAGACUGCCAAGUAGAAUGAGUGCAAUGGUCUGCUUGAGACAUCUGGAAAUGAAAGGCACAGUGAAACUAAAGUACUUACCGAAAGGGUUGGGGAGAAUAAGUUCCCUUCGAACAUUGAGUAGGUUUAUCGUGGGAGGUCAUGAUGGAGGAUGUAAGAUUGGAGACCUGAAGCUACUUGACUCUCUCCAAGGAAAGCUAGAAAUAGAACACUUGGAGAGAGUGGUGAGCGUGGAUGAGGCUAAGGAAGCAGAACUGAAGAACAAGUUACACCUUCUCGUAUUGUCUCUUAUUAUGUCACCAGAUGAUGCUCUUGAAAUGUCAGGAAAUGGUGAGGUGGAGAGGAUGGAAAAUGUAGUUGAAGCCCUCCGGCUGCCCUUUGCAAACCUAGAAGAGCUGGAAAUUUUGGGAUACAUUGGUUCCAAGUUCCCAACCUGGAUAGGAGAUUCGUCUUUCUCAAAUUUAGUCAAGUUGAAAUUAAUAGAUUGCAAUAACUGUACACAGUUGCCUGGGCUAGGGAGACUACCUUCGCUUGAAUACCUUGAAAUAGCGGCAGGUCUUGUAAAACUAGUGGGAAGUGAGUUUUAUGGAAAUGGCUGUGGUGGCUGCAUAAACCAAGCAUCAUUCCCGAAGCUGAAACAUCUUGAGUUCUGGAAAAUGUAUGCAUUGGAGGUAUGGGAGUUGAGAUUAGAAGAUAGUGAGAUAAUGCCGUCUCUACACUCAUUAACAAUCAGGAACUGCCCGAAAUUGAAGGCACUGCCGACACACCUCCGAAAAAGUCUAACGUCCCUCAACAUCUAUAAUUUAAAUAGCAUGACGAGUCUCGCCUACGGAUGGAAACAACUGGAGUCAAUAAAGAGUCUUACUAUCGGUGUUUGCUAUAAAUUGAAGUCUCUUCCUGAUGAAUUGGGACAGCUCAAGUCGCUUAGGAGUCUCGAGAUCCGCAGAUGCCCCGAGUUGCAGUCAUUGCCUAAAGGGCUGUGGGAUCUUACCUGUCUCCAAGAUUUGAAAAUCGUGGGCAAUCGAAUGCUGGCGGAUGAAUGUAAAAAGAAGUAUCGGAGCAAGGCAUCAGGCAUCCCAAACAUCUGGAUUGAUGGCAAGAGAAUCAAAUGAGGUGCUGAAGAGGAGAUGAUCCAUCAAGUGGACAAGGUUCCAAUUAGGGAAAACUGUUGCUUGCUCCCUCUCUAUCUCUGUGAUUUUUCUAAUGAUUGUGCACUUAAAGUCUCCUAUAGUUUCUUUCUCGAUUUGGUAAUGAAACUAGAGUUGAGUACACAUCUGAGGUGGGCCCGCUGAAAUCUUAGAGGUUUUUUGGCUAUCGAUGUGGUGGACUCCCGCGGGGCAAAAUUAGCACUAAAGGUAGUACCGACGUCGUUGUAUUUGGUUCCCUUCCAACAAUACUGCCACGGUUCAAAUAAAGCUAAUGGGGAUUGCUGGACACAUAUGGAGCACCACUAUCCUUACAAAAGUAAGAUUUCUCCUGUUCUUAUAGUUUUUGCAUUAAAACAGCUCAUAUUAUAUAUAGUAGAGAGAAAAAUAAAUGUUGUAAAAAAGUGUGAGUAGUGAUGUAAAUACUUGGUGUGGGUUUGUUUUGAUAAAUUUUAUUUGAUUACAUACAUAUCUAAAAUGGAUCCCACUCUUUGAUUCAUUUGAGCAAGAGAUACAUGCUAUGUUUCUGGUCAUGUACAAAAAGAUUGAAGAUUGG